CCAAUCCUGGAGCAGGGCUGAGGGCGGGGGCGGGGACAAAUGGCUCAGGUGGACUCCCGGCUGGAGCUGUCCUGGGGGAGCUUGUUUGCGGCGGCUGCUGCUGCCAUUCCUGUACUGGGGAUCCGGUCGCCAGGCAAAAAGCCCUCCCAGGUUUGAGUGGAGUCAUGAGCCGUUUCCUGAAUGUGUUAAGAAGCUGGCUGGUUAUGGUGUCCAUCAUAGCCAUGGGCAACACGCUGCAGAGCUUCCGAGACCACACCUUUCUCUAUGAAAAGCUCUACACUGGCAAGCCAAACCUUGUGAAUGGCCUCCAAGCUCGGACCUUUGGGAUCUGGACGCUGCUCUCAUCAGUGAUUCGCUGCCUCUGUGCCAUUGACAUUCACAACAAGACGCUCUAUCACAUCACUCUCUGGACCUUCCUCCUCGCCCUGGGGCACUUCCUCUCUGAGUUAUUUGUCUAUGGAACUGCAGCUCCCACAAUUGGCGUCCUGGCACCCCUGAUGGUGGCAAGCUCACCCUUCUGUGCCCCUCCAGCAGUUCUCUUCCCAUGUCGCCCACCUGGGACUCUGCUGCAGUCCUGACUCGUGCAAUUGGACCUGCAUUCUUCUCCCUGCACUGCACAGCCCUCUGCCUCCCUACCAUGAACAUCAGGACUCAGAUGAUGAAAGCUUUAAAGCCUUUCUUUUCUUUUUUUCUUUUUUUGAGACAGAGUCUCACUCUGUUGCCCAGGCUGGAGUGCAGGGGCAUAAUCUUGGCUCACUGCAACCUCCACCUCCCAUGUUCAAGCAAUUCUCCUGCCUCAGCCUCCCCAGUAGUUGGGACUAGAGGCACAUGUUGCCCAAGCUGAUUGCCAACUCCUGAGCUCAGGCAAUCCACCUGCCUUGGCCCUCCAAAGUGCUGGGAUUACAGGCAUGAGCCACUGCACCCGACCUUUAAAACCUUUCUUUAUACAUCACACCUGAAGCCAGAACCAUGGUGGAGGCACCAACUGGCACCCUAUGGUUGUGUCAAACUAAACCCUACAUCCCUUGAGUACCACAUUCUGUGAAGCACUUCGUAUGCAUUUAUUAUUUCAAUUCAACCUUUAUAAAAAUCCUGUGAGAAAUAUAUGACGAUCUCUCAUUUUACCAGUGAAGAAACUGAAGCUCAGGCCACUCAAGUUACUUGUCCAAAGUCACCAGCUGAAUAAAUGCAGAGCUGGGAUGUGAACUCAGAGUGGGAUUUGAAAUCUCUGCCCCUUCUGCUAUCGCAUUCAGGGAUGAUGAUGCAACACGUGGUUGCAUCUUUGGAAAAGCUCAAAGUCAGAGUCUCCAAAGGAUGCUACUUCCACCUGAUGCUUCAAAACAGCUGCUAAGGGUAGAGGAGCUUCCUCCUCCUUUCAUGUUCCUCCCUCACACUCUUCCCACAGACUCUGCAGAAAGUGAUGUCAUGGACACCAGUCUUAUUGAUUAUCCCAUAAGUUCACCAGGAUGAAGCUUUAAUCAUAGCUUCAUCCUAAACCACUGACCAGUUUAGAAAAACUAUUUGUAGUCCCAGCCUGAGAUAAACCUCAUCACCCAGUUUCCAGCCUCCAAACCAAACUAGACAAAUCUGGAGCCUUAAGGUGAUGAGGACCGGCACUGAAAUGAUGGGAUCACAGAGCUCUUGUUCCACUGGGAGUUGCCCUUCUCUACCUGGGUAGCGUACAGGGAGAAGAAUAUCUCAUGCUGACCACUAGAUUUAGACAUCAUGUGACGCUAGGAACUGGUGACAUCUAGGUUCUGAAGAGGGCUGAGAAAGUGUCCUUCCCAGUCCUCUCAUAUUUUCUAAUUCAUCUGAAUCAUCCAACUGCCCAUGUCCCAGCCCAGCCAACAUUCCAAUCCCUCCCUCCUCCUGCCGCAGAGCAAACCCUGGGAAAAUGGACACUGCUAUUCAGUGGUUUGGGAAUGGCCAGUCCUCACCACUCUUGUGUCUGGCUGAAGCAAGCAACUAACAGAUGGCAGCGUGAGGUGGCAGCCAAGCUCCGCCAGCAGUAAUUAAGCAGAGCCAGGCCCCUUGUUGCCACCUCCCUAGGGAUGGUCUCAAUUGGCCUUUCUUCAGGCAGCCAGAGUGAGAUCUGGUCUGACCAGAGCCUCACAGAAGUGGGUUUGUGUGGUGGAGAACAGGGUCUGCCACUGUCUGUUGCCUGCAGACACUGGGAACUUUGAAGGCCUUGACCGAGCAGCCCGGGACAUUGCCUUGCCCCAGUACAGUAUAACCUAGCAGCUGCCCCGCCAGCCAGUGCUAAACUGAAUACCCAGUGAAUGGGGAGCACUGGAAAAUCACAAGGGAAGGAUGCUGAGGGGCUGUUCCCCAGAGCAUUUCCUCCAAGGCCAGCUGCUGAAUUGAGGCAUCCAGGUUGCUUUAUAUAAAUGCAGAUUCUUCUGCCGAUUUGGCAUCCAUGGGGGGACUAGUGGACUGGCGUUCACUAAACUCUUUUAAUUUUUCUUCACCUAUGUUCACACUGAUAAACCUUUUUUUUUUUUCUUGAGCCAGGCUGGAGUACAGUGGCGUGAACUCAGCUCACUGCAACCUCUGCCUCCGGGGUCAAGCGAUCCUCCUACCUCAGCCUCCCAAGUAACUGGGACUAUAGGUGUGUGCCACUAUGCCUAUCUAAUUUUUGCUUUUUUUUUUUUUUGAGAUGGAGUUUCGUUCUUGUUGCCCAGGCUGGAGUGCAAUGGCAUGAUCUUGACUCACCACAACCUCCACCUCCCAGGUUCAAGAAAUUUUCUUGCCUCAGCCUCCCAAGUAGCUGGGAUUACAGGCAUGCGCCACCAUGCCCAGCUAAUCUUGUAUUUUUAGUAGAAACAGGAUUUCUCUAUGUUGGUCAGGCUGGUCUCCAAUUUCCGACCUCAGGUGAUCUGCCCGCCUUGGCCUCCCAAAGUGCUUGGGAUUAUGGGCAUGAGCCACUGCACCCAGCCUAAUUUUUGUAUUUUUUUAGAGAUGAGGUUUUACCAUGUUGCCCAGGCUGGUGGUCUUGAACUCCUAGACUCAAGCGAUCCACCUGCCUUGGCCUCCCAAAGUGCUGGGAUUACAGAUGUGAGUCAAUGUGCCUAGCCUGAUAAAACCUUUUAAGAUAGCUCCAGGCUCUUAGAAAUGCACUGGGCAUUCAGGUCCAAAGAACAUUAUGAAAUGUACCAGCGAGGUAUAAAUAAUUGGAAGAUAAUAUACACUGCAAACUGGAGAAAGCAUAGAGCACCUUGGUUAACCCCAUGGGGUCCACAAGGUGCCAUGAGAAAAGGGCAGUGAAAUCACCUCCUCCUUAUCUCCAUUCUUUGAAGUUUCCACAGACUUUCCACUGCUGAAAAGUUUUUCCCAUUCAUUUUCAUUUCUCCCUUCUCUGCCGCUUUCACAAAGCUACGUAGAGAGUGGGGAGGGGAACGAGGACUAUGCUAGGCCUUCAAGUCCGGUAGCUCUCAUCUUCCUCGGAUCCUGUGGGGAUCUUAAGAAGGGCAUAGCUUCCCUCAUUUGAGAAAUGAAGAAACUGAGGCUCAGAGAAGACAAACUUGAAUGACCUGCUUGGCCACUCAGAUCUCCACACAAUGUCUUGGAGCCACAUUGCUUAUGAAUAUGCCAUUUCAAAAAAUAGGUCCCCGGUUCUCAGUCCAAGAGGAAAAGUCACUUACUUGUAGGUUUUGGACCUAUCCAGCCAGAUUCCUGAGAGCACAGCCCCAAGCAUUCCUGCAAUGACGAUGGUCAGGCCAAUUCUUCCAGCAUUCACUUCUUCCCCCUGGGGAAACCACAGCCCCAACGAUCACCCAGAGAUGGGACAAGACCCAGGAGAGAGUGCAGUCACCAUGGGGUGAAGGAACAAAGGCAAGUAACUCAGGUUCCAUCAGAGUCAACAUUCGGAAUGGAUCAGGACAAGAUGGCCUGUAAGAAGAUGGCUUAGGAAAAAAUUCUAGAAUAACUACUCCUCCCAGCAACAUAACUCAGACUGUGUGUGCAUGAUAUUGGAUGCCGGAGUGACAGGGAUGAACCAAAUUUGUUCUUCGAACUACUUUUAGGCAAAUUUUUUAAAAAAUGUAAACCUUACAACAACUCUUCUAUCUUAUCUGUCAUGAUUUCCAUUUCACAGAUGGGGAAAUUAAAAUGUAUGUGUUAAAAUUCC